AUGUCAUCAGAUCCGGCAAUGCAACAAAUAAAUUUACCAGCAGUGGAAGAAUUCGGAAUCGACGCUAUUUUACGUGCAAUCGAACCCGAUAUCCGCAGCACAUUGGAUUCCAUUGCAGAGAUAUGUGGCAGGAGCAGAUUGAGUCUUGCCAAUGAGUAUGGAAGUCAUAUCGCUCCGUUUGGCGAAGUCAAUGAUCCCCCGGGUCAUUUGCUCGCUAUCCAGGAAACGGCAGCAGAUAGCACGGAAAGCCCGGCAGAUGCAGAUGGUCAUAUUGUGAUUGUUGAUGAUGAUAAUGAGCUAUAUGGCUCACCGUUGGGGUUGUUAGAUGACCUUAGGCAGACGGCUUUGGCAACUGGUUAUCAACAGACUUCACGAGUAGAACGUGAAAAUACCCGUGCUGGAAAUAUGACGCAAGGGAGGAACCCCAGAAAGGGAAAGCAAUCCCCAACGGCGCCAGCAACGAGAAUGAAUGAAUUUGCGGCCACGUCAAAGUCAGAUAGCACCGCACUGCUUGCGAGCACACCAUCCAAAUUCAAGGCCACCAAGUCAUCAACCCUGUCCUCUCCCGCUUUGCUUUCCGAGACUCGCCUCGAUGCCCAGGGAAAUAGGUCCUCUUGGCCAUCAGUGCCUCCCGACACACCAAAAGGUUCUCCUGCACUGCACACAUCACCAUUUGCGGGAGCAGUUGGUCAGACCCAAAAUACCGCGGCCGAUAGAUUUAUUUUCGUGGCCGAAGUUCAAGAUUGGCUGGAUUGGUUGAAAGGUAUUGUGCAGCGCGAAACUGCAAGUCAGCAGGCGUUUUACUCGCACUCGUAUUCGGCAGAGAAUUCUCUGCGUGCAUUACUCGUCAGGGAUCAGGACCAGGCUGUUGCUUAUCCCACAGCUUGA